AUGAAGCUCGAGGGGAAGGCUUUCAUCAUAACCGGCGGCUGUGGUUCAAUCGGCGGCACCACUGCCAGAUCCAUCAUUGCCAAGGGCGGCAUCGCUGUGAUCUUCGACAUUCUUCCUCAAGAGGCCGGUGAGGCCAAAGUGAAGGAGUACCACCCUACCAACGCACACUACUUCAAGACCGACAUCUCCGAUAUCGAUGCCCUUAGCGCCUCGGCCAACGCGGCCCUCCAGGUCAUCCCCAAGGGCAGCCUGGCCGGUGGUGUUCACUGCGCCGCCAUUGCCCCUUCCCGAACGUGGUCCAAUAAGUUGGUUGACUCUGCAAAGGACUUUGCCAAGGUGCUUAAUAUGAAUGCGUACGGUACCUUCGCCGUCGACUCUGUCAUCGCGGAUGCCAUUAAUAGCCAGUACCCCGACGAGGGACCUUUUGGCCCCCGUACCACCGAGGAGAGGGGUUGCAUCAUCAACAUUGCCUCUGCCGUCGCUCACCCAGUUCCCGCUCGGUGCCUUACGUACGGUCCUACCAAGACCUGUGUGCUCGGUAUCACCGGAGGCAUGGCCGACUUCCUCGGCCCUUACGGCAUCCGCGUCAACUCUGUUUCCCCCGCCGUUGUCGCUUCUGCGCUGAUGGGCGACCGCCUCCCAUACUUCAACGCUGAGCUCGACGCUGCGGCUGUGUUCCCUCGACGGACCUCAGAAGCUACCGAGGUCGCAUCGGGCAUCGUCUUCCUCCUUGAGAAUUCCAUGAUGAACGACUUCGAGCUCAGGAUCGAUGGUGGCUGGAGGGGUUGCUCCAACUGGGCCGGUCCCAAGGAUCCCCGGGCCAAUGCGCCUGCCCUCGAAUAA